AUGAAAUAUCUCUUACUGCUUAUCUUGGCUACAUUCAUCUGCUCUACUGUUGCUAUGCCCAUCACAGAUAGCAACAUGUCAUCCGCACUGAAUCAAAAGCAACAACAAGAACAGGACAUGGAAGAAGAAGACUCUGUGAUACUGGAGCAAGAGCUUCAACAGGAAGAAGAAGAACAAAACGACAUGUUAAUGCAGGAAACAUUCCCUGUGCAAGUGGAUAGAUUAGCACAGAUCAUUGCUACCCAUCUUCAGUUCGACCAUCUGGACGCUGUCAUCAGUAGCACAGAUAAGGAAAUCGCUACAGAGUUCCAACAUCAUAUCCAAAUUAACGUCCAGUCCAAUAAUGAAGAAGCUAAUUACGAUGAGUCCGAACUCAUGUCGCACAGCACUAAUCAUCAAUAUGCCAUACAACAACAGUUGCCUACAUUAGAUAUGAUGGACUUGGAAAUCCUUAAAUCCCAGAUAUUUGCUGCUAUCCAGGCUCAUACAGAAGGCAACUUACCGCUGACAUGGGACAAAUUGGCUGAUAAACUGAGUCGUCAAGCGAUUGAAUCAUAUCUGCGUAGCUCACUCUUGCAAGCAUGUGGUCACCCUGAUCAAGAUACCAUUUCAUCAUCAUGUCUGCAAGAACAUGCUGUCCAACUAGCCACUGAUCUCGACACAUACAUCACGAACGGACUAGCUCAUGUAUUCGAAGCGCUUGAUCAAGAAGCACUCCCUGAUUUGCUCCAGCAUACAGCCAAAGAUUUGAAGGGCAUCCUCAACUAUUUCAACUCUGCUUUUCUCCAGGACGGACAUCGCAAGUUUGUGCUCCAAGUAGUACCCUGGAACAGUGAUCCUACCGACGUUCAUAGCUUCAAAUCAAGAUUACUGGAGAUGGCAGUUCACCCUUUAAUCAAUGAUGGCACUGAGGAAUCUCAUUCAACUGCAUUCUUUAUAGAAUAUGCUGCCAUGGCACGAGUAUAA